UUCCUAAUGUUCAGAUAGAAUCUCUUGUGUUUUAGUGUGUGCUCACUGUCUCUUGUCCUGUCACUGGGCACAAAUGAAGAGCCUGAUUCCAUUCUUUUUGCGCGUUCAGGUGCAUUAAUAUACAUUGAUAAGAUUUGUUCUGAGCCUUCCCUUUUUCUACACUAGACAGUCCCAUCUCUCAGAUUUUUCUUGUGAGAAGCUAGCAUCCCUUAACCAUUUUUGUGGCCCUUUGAACUCUCUCCAUUAGCUCAUGUCUCUCUUGUAUUUUAAAGCCCAGAACAGGGCACAGUACUUCAGGUGUGGCUUCACUAGUGCUGAGAAGAGGGAAAGAAUCAGUUCUCUUGACCUGCUGGCAGUACUUUUCCUAAUUCUGUCUAGGAUGCCGUUAGCCUUCUUUGCAGCAAAGGCAUGUUACUAGAUCAUGUUCAACUUGGUGACUCCCAGGACUGCCAGGUCAUUUUCUGCCAGACAGAUUUUCAGCUGUCCUGAUGAUAUAUUGGUGCUUACAGCUCUUCUUCUCCACAUGCAGAAUUUUGUACUUCCCCUUGUUGAACUUCAUGAGGUUCCUGUGAGGCCAUUUCUCCAGAUUGUCCAGGUCCCUCUGGAUGGCCCUCUGGUGAAUCAGCCACUGCUCCCAGUUUUGCUGUGAGUGCACUCUCCUCUGUAAUCCAUAUUGUUAAUGAAGACAUUGAAACAGGCUGCACUCAGAAAGAAUGCCUGUGGUAUGUUACUAGUUACUGGCCUCCAACUAGACUUUGCAACUCUGGACCCAGCUGUUCAUCCAGUUUUCAUUCAAUCUACUUCACCUGUCUGCACAUCCAGCUUGUUCGUUCACAUCUUGACUAUGAAGUUCAUAUAGGAGACAGUGUCAGAAAGCUUUACUAAAGUCCAGGAAGAUUCAUGACUGUCCCCUCAGUUACUAGGCCAGUCAUUUCAUUAGGGAAUCUUAUCUUGUUGGUCAAGCAUGACUUCCUCUUGGUGAAGCAGUGCUAACUAUUCCUGAUAAUUUUCUUCUUCAUGUGGCUUGAAAUGUUUUCCAGGAUUAGCAGCUCCAUCACCUUCCCAGAGACUGAGGUGAGGGUGACCAAUCUGCAGUUCCUUAAAUCUUCUUCCUUACCCUUCCUGAAGACAGGAGUGACAUUUGCUUUCCUCCAAUACUCUGGCACUUCUCUCAGUCUACACGAUCAAUCAACGAUUCUUGAGAAUGAUCUCACAGUAACAUCUGCCAGUUCCCACAGCACUCGUGGGUGCAUCCCGUCAGGACCCAUGGACUUCCAUAUGUCCAGUUUGCCUAAGUAUUCCCUGAUCUGUUUCUCUUCCAAUAAGGGUACACCUUCCUUGCUCCGCCUUUCUUCAUUGUCUCUGGGACCUAGAUUUCGUGAAAGUCAGUCUUGCUAGUAAAAUCUCUGUCAAAGAAGGUUGUAUCUCAGCCUUCUUCAUUUCCUGUGUAACCAGAUUAUGUGUCUUUGUUUCCAUCCUCUGUAUGCUUUCUUUUGUGUUUGAGUUUGUACAGAAACUCCUUGUUCAUCCACACAAGCCACAUGGCAUUUUUGCCUGAUUUUCAAUUCAUUUAGAUGAACAGUUUUGAGCUUGGGAGAGGUGACCCUUGAAUAUCAACUAGUUAUCGUGGAACUCUCUCCCCUCGCAGUGUCAUCUUGCAGUUUGUUGCUUGAGUGAAAUUUACAGGUAAGGAAGGUUGGUGGAUGGAACAUCACAGGCAUAGGGAAAGCAAAAGACUUUAAUGAAACUCUUCAGAUUCUCAUGGGCAGAUACAACACUUUUCCCUUUUUCAGAGUGCAUGUGGGACCUAGUCCUUCUGAUCCCAAGACCAAUGUAAUUCAGAUUGACCAUCCUGAGUUUGAGAUGCCAGCUGAAAGUAAAUUUAAAAAGAAAAAUUAUCUUGAGGUUCUCCGUGUGUAUCUCUCAUAUUUGGAGAAACUGGGGAACCUACUUGGAGGUCUACAAGAUGGUCCUCCUCAUUCCUUUUCCCUUACCUUGUCCUUCAUCUCCAAUCUCCAGCGUGUUAUCACCCCACUGCAGGAAAGACGGCAGAGGGGGAUGCUGUUCUUUCGCACUACCAUUAGGGAGUUACAGGAAAAGGCACCUGCUAUUGACUGGUUGUCAUGUCUCCAGGCUGUCUUCCAUCCUAUACCAAUGAAUCUCUCUCAGCCAAUUGCUGUGCAUGAUAUGGAUUAUUUAAGAGGCAUGUCACAGAUCAUUGAAGAAUGGCACAAAGAAAGGGUUCCGCAUAUCUAUAUGAUUGUUUGUCUGGUUGGGAAUCUCUCCCCUGCCCUUGAUAGUCGAUUCCAAGAUGCACGCCAGGAGCUAUCUAAGAUUCUUUAUGGAAAAAUGGAAUCUAAAGUGAUCCCAGAUGAGCGCUGGAGGAAGUGUUUGACUGAUACCAGUUCUUUCUUUGAGCCAGUCCUAGGACAGAUGAUUGUGAAAGAAAUUUUUCCCGAGCAGAACAAGAAACUUGCUGAGCAGAUGUUCUCUGAGAUCCAAGAUACCCUCUGUGGUCAACUGGAUCAGCUGGAGUGGAUGGAUGAACAAACUCGCCAAGAAGCUAAAAUCUUGGUGUCCAAAGUGCAAGUGGAAAUUGGCUACCCAACUUACAUACUCCAGACUGCCAAAGUGAACCAGGAAUACCAGAAUCUGGAGAUAAAUGAAGACACUUUUUUCCUAAAUGUGGUGGCUUGCUUGAAGAGGAUGAGGGAGAACUCAUUCUCAAAGCUCCUUCAGCAUCAUUCACAGGAUAUCUGGCAGGUGGCCCCCUGGGCUGUCCAUUCAUACUACUCAAUAAGGCACCACAUGGUGGUCUUUCCUGCUGGAAUGUUCCGCAGCCCUUUUUUCCAUGUGGAGUUUCCCAGUGCUGUGAACUUUGGAGCCAUUGGGGUCUUCAUGGCACAUGAACUUCUUCAUGUAUUUUAUGAUUAUAUGCGUCCUGGUGGCUGUCCUACAUGCAACAGUAGUAUGCUACAGAAAUCUAUAGAUUGCUUGGUAGAACAGUAUGAAAGUUUUGGCUUUAAGGUCAAUGGUACUUCCACACUGUUGGAGAAUACAGCCGACACUGGAGGUCUUGCCAUUGCUUACCAGGCCUAUAAGAAUUGGCUGAAAAAGCAUAAACAAGAGGAGUAUUUACCGAAGAUCGGACUUUCACAGGACCAGCUUUUCUACCUCAGUUUUGCUCAUGCAAUGUGUGGACACCAGGAUCCUGAGGAUUUACAGUCUUCCUUGGAUACAGAUCCACAUAGUCCCUUGCCACUUCGUGUCUAUGGACCUAUCAGCAAUAAUCAGGACUUUGUAAAACACUUCCAUUGUCCCCGUAGAUCACCAAUGAAUCCAGACAGCAAGUGCCACAUCUGGUAAUUUGUAUGAAAAAGGAGGAUGAGAGAUACGACUCCAGGGAGAUGAAAUCUUGAGCUGUGAAAGUAUGACUCAUGGGUCAUACUCAGGGCCAAUGGAACGAUGUGGAGCACUUAUUUACUCUUCUACCUUCCUCUUCUUGUUGUCCUUUUCCCAGCAGUUUAUGGUAGGAAUCAUCUCAAAUUGAGCUCAUAAGAGAAAAGGGUCUCUUCCUGCUGCUCCCAGCACUGUCUCAGAUAGGACAACUCUGUAGUUCAGCAAGUCCUAAGGCAACAAAAUGACUAGCCACUCCCUCGUAGGUAGCUUCUGAGGAGUUGUUAACAGAAGGACUGUUGCAUCAUUAGGCCUGCUGUUCAGUGCAUUUCUCUGUCCACUGCAACAACCUCACCAUCAUGUUGAAUGGGCAGGGCAAUAUGCUGGAGUCCUAAGACUUGUUCAUACAAGAUUGCAUCUUAGAAAGUUCCUUUGGGUUACAGGGGAAACUACACCAGUAAGUUACCAGUGAGAGAAGAGCCCUCUUCUCUUCUUCAGCAAAUAAAUGGAGAUAAGUUGUAAGGAAAAAUUAGUGGUUCCAGUUUCUAGGCUGAAGAUGAGUCAUUUAAUAAUGAAGGUUAUUCAUGCAUUUCACAAGGAAACAUCCAUUUUGACAGAAGUGGGACUGGAAGUUGAAAAUUGUUUCUUUUUCUUCUUUCUAUCUUUUCCAGAAAGAUUUCUCUUUUAUUCUUACUCUCUCUUUAGGGUUGAAGAUAUGGAUAAAAAUGAAGUAUAAGGUAUUCACAAGGUUUUUCUAGAGGUAUCUGGAGAUCAUUAACUUGAAUAUUCCAAAUUCUCUGGAUCCUGAACCAGGCUCUCACAUCCCUACAUUUGUAAAUAUUUACCUUCUAAACAGAGAAGUUGAUCUGACAUAUGAUUUAAUAACUACUUGAAACUGAAUUUUAAGUAAUAAUUUACUUUAAAGAAAAAGAAGAGUAAGAAAUUAAUAUAUUUUAGGGUAGCAGGAGAUGUGCAUAGAAUACAUUCUCAAGAGCAACCUAAUAAUUAUAUCAAUUCAAUUUUUUAAAAUUUCCCCAAAUUAAGAAGCAUUCAAAACUCCCCCACAUUUUGCAUACUGUUAGAACUGUUCUGUUUAUUUUACUUAUUAUAUUGAAUGCCUGAGUGUUUGUGGAAUAGAUGAGGGCAAGUAGAAACAGUCCUUACCAAUGUAUUACAUUGUGAAAAGCCUAGUAACAGUGUUAAUUCUUCACACACUGACCAAUGCAGCAAAAUGUUUUCCAAGAACGAACUGUUCAGAGAUUUUUUCAUUAAUUUACAGACUAACAUGUUAAUAAAACAUUUG